AUGCAACUGCAAUCACGACAACUGCAACCCCCACUACUCAACAUCAACUGCUGGAGCAACAACUCAAGCUCCUACCACUGCAGCACUAACAACUGCAGCCCCUACAACAGCUUCCCCCACAACUACGGGUCCUACAACUGCAGCCACGACAACUGCUGGAGUGACAACUCAAGCUCCCACGACAGCAGCCCCAACAACUGUAGGCCCUACGACAGCUUCUCCCACAACUACAGGUCGUACAACUGUAGCUCCAACAACUACAGCCCCCACAAAUGCAGCCCCAAGAACUGUAGCUCAGACAACUGCAGCCCCCACAACUUCAGCCCAAACAACCGCAGCCACGACAACUGCUGGGGCGACAAAUCAAGCUCCCACAACAGCUUCUCCAGCAACUGCAGCCCCCACAACUGCAGCCCCCACUACUGUAUCCCCUACAACAGUUUCUCCUACAACUACAGAUCCUACAACUGCAGCCCCCACUACUUUAGCCCCUACAACAGCUUCUACCACAACUACAGGUCCUACAACUGUAGCCCCAACAACUGCAGCCACGACAACUGCUGGAGCGACAACUCAAGCUCCCACAACAGCUUCUCCCACAACUUCAGCCCCAACAACUGCAUUCCAAACAACCACAACCUCUACAACAGCUGCUCCCACAACUACAGGUCCUGCAACUGCAACCACGACAACAGCAGCCCCCACUACUGUAGUUCCGACCACUGCAGCCCCGACAACUGCAGGCCCCACUAUUUUAGCCCCUACAACAGCUGCUCCCACAAGUACAGGUCCUACAACUUCAGCCCCUACUACUGUGGUUCUGACAACUGUGGCCCCAACAACUACAGCCCCCACAACUACAGCCCCUACUGCUGA